CGCUCUCCUCGGCUUCAGGUCCGUUCUGCCAACGCCGAACGCCGUCCCUCUGCUCCCUCCUCUGCUCCAGCGCCAGCCGGCUAGUCAGCCGCAAGUCUCUGAGCAUGCCUGAUCAGCUGCCUCCCCUCGCCUCAUUCGAGCCCGUUCGCUCGACGGUCAUCAGCGUCCCGAGCGACAAAGAUGUCCCGGACGUUCCUUUUGCAGCGCCCCCUGUGCUCGAGCUCGCGAACGGCCCGUCGCAUACGGUGCAGUUUACUUCGAGCCAGUACUCCCAGGCAACGCCCUCGGCCUGUACAAUCCUGGCAACCGAGGCUGCCUUGCGGAUUCUCUACAUGACCGAAACCGUCAGCAAGGCCGAGCUCCCUGAUCGAGUCGACUCGAGCUGGGGCGACAGCGUCAUUGCCGCCGCCUCCCGGUAUACUUCCUCGACCCAUCUCGACUUUGAGACGCUUCACGAAAAGGUACAGCGCUACCGCCGCAACCUGGUUGUCGAGAAAAUGAUCCAGUGUCCCGUCACCAACCUCCGGGCGGAGCUCCAGACAAUCCUCAGCCAGCACAACAACUCGACCUCCCGCAGCCGACCCCUGGCCUUCGUCAUCACCAAGCCUCCCGAAACCAUCUCGGCCGUGUUCGUGCCUGUUCCCUACUACCGCCCCGCGGGCAACGCCCGUCGAAAGCGAGACAAGGGCAAGAAGCGCGCUGUCAUCGACUCCAAGCCAGCUCCGCCUCUUAGAACAACCUCUAUCACCUACGACCGCAAGUUUGCCCUCUUUGACUCGCAUCCCCGCCCUCCUCUGCUGCAGUCAAGCUACGUUCAAUUCGAUCAAAGUUUCGACGCCUUCACAAAUGCUCUCGAGCGAUUGUUCACCCCAGUCGAAAGCAUCGCGGGUCUGACGGCCUACGAGCGGCAUCAGCUCGAGCUCAUGAGCAUCGCCCAGGUCAACGUUAUGCAUCUGUCGCCCGAGGCCCAUGAUGCCAUUCAAAGAGGGGUCUUCCACUUUGAUGCCAACACCGACGCCUCGCUCAUCAACGACAUUGAGAGCCUUAGCCGAUGGGGAUAAGUGUGCCAGCCUCGCUCUGGCACGGCUUCCAGGGCCCGAUGGCUUUGCCGCCAGCUGCACCAGCAUUGUUCGGGCAUGCUCCGAGGAUAUGAGCCUGGGUCCUCCAUCUGUUGCUUUGAUGCUUUGAUGCUUUGAUGCUUUGAUGCUUGCUUGAAUUCCAUCCCUUGUGAAUCGACCUCCUCAGCUGUCCCUGUGAUUGCUGCUCGGAUCCUCAUUCUUUUUAUCGUUUUGUCGUUGUUGUAACUCGAAUCCGCUCUGCUUACUUGGCUUUGCUCCUUGAACACAUCCUGCUGUCGACUUUGCCGUGUCCAUGGGCCAUCUAGAAUGAAUAAAUGCAGCGCAGCUAUCUUUGCCAUGUCUCUGCGGCGGCGACGGCGGUAGUGGUAGUGGUAGUGGUGGUGGUGGUGGCUGUUCAGAGGAAGACAUGGCCCAGAGGCCGGUUGAAUUGGA